AUGGCAGGCAAAGUUGAGAAGAUACAAGGUUCAAAGACCGAGUUGAAAUCGCUGGCGGAAAAAAUACGUCAACGCGCUUUAGAGCGCCAGGCUGAAGAUGAAGCACUGAGUCAAGAUCAAGGCAACAAAGAUGUGGAAGAUGCGUCAGAUGACAACGAACAGAAACCAUCUGGUGAAGAGGAUCAAAUCGAACACGGAGAGAACCAAUUCGAAUCAUUUUCAGAGCUGAAGCUGGUCCCAGAGCUGCUGGAAGCAUGUGCUAAUUUAAAAUAUACCAAACCUACACCAAUCCAGGCUGCUGCGAUUCCCCCGGCUUUAGAGGGUAAAGAUAUUAUCGGAUUGGCACAGACUGGUUCGGGAAAGACCGCAGCGUUUGCAAUCCCAAUUUUAAACCAGCUUUGGCAUGAUCAGCAACCGUACUACGCUUGUGUCAUGGCGCCCACCAGAGAACUGGCGCAACAAAUCAAGGAAACUUUUGACUCUUUGGGAAGUGUGAUGGGUGUCAGAACUGUGUGCAUCGUUGGAGGUAUGAACAUGAUCGACCAAGCCCGUGACCUCAUGCGCAAACCACACAUCAUCAUCGCUACUCCGGGGAGACUGAUGGAUCAUCUUGAAAACACUAAAGGAUUUUCGAUGCGGAAGCUGCGGUACCUAGUUAUGGAUGAAGCUGAUAGAUUAUUGGAUAUGGAGUUCGGCCCCGUCCUAGACAGAAUCUUGAAAAUUAUCCCAACGCAGGGUAGAACAACAUAUCUGUUUUCUGCCACAAUGACCUCAAAGAUCGACAAGCUUCAAAGAGCAAGCUUAACAGACCCCGUAAAAUGCGCUGUCUCAACUAAAUAUCAAACCGUGGAAACCUUGAUUCAGACUUUGAUGGUAGUACCGGGAGGUCUCAAGAAUACGUUUUUGAUCUAUCUGCUCAACGAAAACUUAGGCAAGACUGUUAUAGUUUUUACUCGUACAAAGGCAAAUGCGGAAAGAAUUUCUACAUUGUGUAACUUGCUCGAGUUUAGUUCCACGGCAUUACACGGAGAUUUGAAUCAAAAUCAGAGAAGCGGCGCCUUGGACUUGUUCAAGGCUGGCAGAAGAUCCAUUUUGGUCGCGACUGAUGUUGCCGCCAGAGGACUGGAUAUACCUUCGGUUGAUAUCGUUAUCAAUUACGAUAUUCCCGUAGAUUCGAAGUCUUACAUUCAUCGUGUAGGCAGAACAGCUAGAGCGGGACGUUCCGGAAAAUCCAUCUCUUUAGUUUCGCAAUAUGACCUAGAGCUCAUUCUAAGAAUAGAAGAUGUCCUGGGCCGCAAGCUACCCAAAGAUUCGGUUGACAAAGGUGCUAUUAUGGCCAUGCGAGAUACUGUAGAUAAAGCAAAUGGAGAAGUAGUCAUGGAGCUGAAUAGAAGAAGUAAAGAAAAGGCGGCAAGAGGUAAUGGCAGGACAGGAAGAAUGAAAUCGAGAGAAAACAUGGACAGAGAAGAGCAGUAG